AUGAUGAGGGGACUGCUUCGACGCUUGAGGCCCAGCACGCCCGCCGCGGUGCUCCCAACGCGGAACGGCGCCGACAUCCCUGAUGUUCCCCUCGAGAAGUUCGGUCUCACCGUUCCCGUACAGGCCACGGCCUACAACGACCUUUACAACAAGCACACUACGCUGGUAAAUCUGCCCGGGAAGCGGCCUCAAAUCUCGUCGGAGAGCUUUGUCGCUCCGUCGGCCACCCUCGUUGGUAACGUCGAGGUCUGGGAUCGUGCCUCCGUCUGGUAUGACUGUGUCAUCAACGCCGACACGAAGCUCAUCCGCAUCGGGGCGGGCACCAACGUUCAGGACGGAACCGUGAUCACUGAGGCCGACGAAGAGCUCACUGAGGAUCACGAUGGCUCGACGAUCGUUGGCCACUGGGUUACCAUCGGUCACCGGUGCGUGCUGAAGGCGUGCACGAUCGAGGACCACUGCCUUGUGGGCAUGGGUUCCGUCCUCGGCGCUGGCUCCUACAUGGAAUCGCACUCCAUCCUUGGUGCUGGCUCGGUUCUCCCCGCUUGGCAGCGCAUUCCCAGCGGUCAGAUCUGGGUGGGCAACCCGGCCAAGUACCUUCGGGAUCUUACCGAAGAGGAGUUUGAUUUCCUUGAGAAGUCUUCUGCCCAUUACACAGUUCUGUCAAAGCAGCACGCCUACGAAUUCUACCUGCCAGGCCACGCCUACAUCGACGCCGAGAAGAAGGGUAUUCAGGUCGGCUACCAAGUCGAGCCUCUCUCCGGUGAGGAGAGCGUGCUCCUCGCCCCGAACUACAAGGAGAAGGUGUCGGUCCACUAG